AUGUGGAUCAUCAACUGGUUCUACGAUGUGCUCUCCAGCCUCGGGCUGCUGAACAAGCACGCCAAACUCCUGUUUCUCGGACUCGACAAUGCCGGCAAGACUACACUAUUACACAUGCUGAAGAACGACCGAGUCGCUAUCCUCCAGCCCACCCUCCAUCCUACCUCCGAGGAGCUUGCGAUUGGCAAUGUGCGGUUCACUACGUUCGAUUUGGGUGGCCAUCAACAGGCUCGCCGUCUUUGGAAGGACUACUUCCCCGAGGUGAAUGGGAUUGUCUUCCUCGUUGACGCCAAGGACCACGACCGAUUCCCCGAGGCCAAGGCUGAACUCGACGCCCUUCUCUCCAUGGAGGAGCUUGCGAAGGUCCCCUUCGUCGUUCUCGGUAACAAGAUCGACCACCCCGACGCCAUUUCCGAGGACGAGCUUCGCCAUCAGCUCGGUCUCUACCAAACGACGGGCAAGGGCAAGGUGCCUCUUGAGGGAAUCCGGCCUAUCGAAGUCUUCAUGUGUUCCGUCGUCAUGCGACAGGGCUAUGGCGACGGUAUACGGUGGUUGUCCCAAUACGUCUAA